AUGCAGUUGCCGUCAGUCAAGACGUCGCUCGUUGACGUGACAGAGAAGAUCAAAGAUGCACCGUGUCGAAUCCUUUUCAAGAACGAAUUGGAACAGCCCUCGGGUAGUUUCAAGCUCCGCGGUCUCGGAUAUCUAGUUGCAAGAAAGAUUGCACAAGCACAGCAGCUGGGCAAAUCCGACGUUAUAGUGUACAGUUCUUCUGGUGGUAAUGCGGGUUUGGCUGCUGGUUACGCGGCGCGGUUCUACAAGGUCAAAUGCACCGUGGUUUUGCCCAAAGUGUCCAAAGCCAACGUUGUUGAGAAAUUAAAGCUGAUGGGUGCAGAAGUCAUUAUUCAUGGCAAGCACUGGGGCGAAGCAGAUGCACACUUGAGAAAUGUGGUGAUGGAGCAAGCUGGGGAGAGUGUGGAAAAAAUCUACUGUCAUCCGUUUGACAACCCGUUGGUUUGGGAAGGGCAUAGCAAGAUCAUCGAGGAGAUUUUGGAAGAGCAGCAACUUGCCAACUUUGACAAGGUCCGAGGGGUGAUUUGCUCGGUUGGCGGCGGCGGGCUAUACAACGGACUAGUUGAAGGCUUGAGAAAGUACAGGGUUCCCGUCUUGGCGAUGGAAACCAAACAGGCUCCGACCUUCAACGAGGCUGCGAGUCGCGGAGAGGUUGUCCACCUCGACAGUGUCGACACCUUGGCCAACUCCCUCGGCUCCCCUUACCUUGCCGCCAAAGCACUCGAGAACUACAAGAGCCACCCCACGUACCUCGGGAUGAUUGACGACUUGGAUGCCGCGCAGGCUACAGUCGAUCUCUACGACGACUUUGGCCUUUUGGUGGAACCUGCCUGCGGGGCGUCGGCUGCUGCCGUCCUUCGAAAAAACCAGCUCCCACGAUACUUUCCUGACUUGCAACCCGAUGAGAUCCUCAUAGUGAUUAUCUGCGGCGGGUCGGGGAUAAACGAGGAGAUUAUAGAGCAAUAUAGAGGCUUGUUAAAGCAAAAAUGA